GUGUGUCUCAGGCUGGCGAAGCUGACGGCUGCUGUGCUGCUGAGCAGAGACGUCCCCGUGCAUCUCUUCUCCUCCUUCAUCCCCACGCCGUACGUGCCUUACGCUGUGAAGAAGCUGGGGGCUGCAGCUGGAGUGAUGAUCACAGCGUCACACAAUCCCAAAGAAGACAACGGAUACAAGGUGUACUGGUGUAACGGCGCCCAGAUCACCUCGCUUCACGACAAAGAGAUCCUGCGAUGUAUAGAGGAGCAGCUGGAGCCCUGGAGCGCCUCCUGCUGGGACGUAGGGCUGGUGGAUCGCUGCUCCCUGAGGACCGACCCCCUGACCCAGAUCAACAGCUGCUACAUGGAUGAGCUCGCCUCCCUCUGCUUCCACAGGGACCUGAACAGCAGCUCCCCGCUGAAGUUCGUCCACUCCUCCUUCCACGGCGUCGGCCACGCCUUCGUGCAGCAGGCCUUCCGGGUGUUCGGCUUCCCUCCACCGAUCGCCGUCCCGGAGCAGAAAGACCCCGACCCCAACUUCUCCUCGGUGCGCUGUCCCAACCCAGAGGAGGGAGAGUCCGUGCUGGAACUUUCUCUCCUUCUGGCAGAGCGGGAAAACGCCCGCGUCGUCCUGGCGACAGAUCCUGAUGCUGACCGGCUGGCUGUAGCAGAGAAGUCUGACGGGUGUGGCUGGAAGGUGUUCACAGGUAACGAGCUGGCAGCCCUGCUGGGCUGGUGGAUGUUCUUCACGUGGAAGGAGAACCACUCUGAACCAGCAGACGCUCGGAGCAUUUACAUGUUGGCGACCACGGUGUCCUCGAAGAUCCUGCAGGCCUUCGCUCGCAUCGAGGGGUUCCACUUUGAGGAAACUCUGCCAGGCUUUAAAUGGGUCGGGAAUAGAAUCCACGAGCUGUCCCAAACAGGAAGCAGAGUCAUCUUCUCCUUCGAGGAGUCCAUCGGGUUCCUCUGUGGGGACACAGUCCUGGAUAAGGACGGCGUGAGCUCGGCGGCGGUCGUGGCUGAAAUGGCCGCUUACCUUCACAACAAGCACCUAAGUCUGAGCCAACAGCUGCACAACAUCUACCAGACGUACGGGUAUCACCUGUCUAAAACCUCCUACGUCGUCUGUAACGACCCUCCCACCAUCCAGAGGAUCUUCAGCCGCAUCAGAAACUUUGACGGCAGCGGCUCGUACCCGAAGACGUGCGGCGGCGUCCAGAUCGUUCAUGUCAGAGACGUUACCACGGGAUACGACAGCAGUCAGCCAGACCUCAGAUCUGUUCUUCCUGUGUCCAGGAGCAGUCACAUGAUCACCUUCACGCUGCAGAACGGCAUCGUGGCCACGCUGAGGACAAGCGGCACCGAACCGAAGAUCAAGUACUACACAGAGUUCUGCGCGGUGCCGGGGCAGAGCGAGGUGUCCACCCUGGAGGAGGAGCUCAGGAAGGUCACCGCUGCCCUGGUGGAUGAGUUCCUGGAGCCCGAGAAGAACAACCUGAUUCGCCGCCUGGUGUAGCACCGCCUGCUCGUACCUGCUUACUGUUGAUGACAUCACAUCCUGUCAUGUGUGAAUCAGAGCAGCAGCUGCCUCACUCUGAUGUUGGUGAACUAUGAACCCUGAAGAGAUUCAGAGAGCGAGUCUUCAGAUUCUUUCGUGUGAUUGGCUGUGAUGGGAGCUCCUCAUGACAAACCUGACGUGGUGUUUGUGUAUCAGAAACAUUUAAAUCUUAUUUUCAGAUUCUCUUCAUGUUCUGGCAACAAAGCAACAAAUUAAUUCUCUUUAAAACAAAACGUCUGACCAAAAGACAAAAUGAAACAGAAGAUCAAAACUUAAUAUCGAAACAGGACACGCGUGAGCAGAGCUCUUUAUUUCGCUUAAUUCAGCAGCAGUGCAUUCUGGGAGUUGGCUCUGAAUAUUCUUUUUGUGUGCAUAUUUUGUUGUUGUUGUUGUUGUUGUUGUUGUUGUUGUUGUU